GGAGGGAAGAGGUGGGAGGGAGAGACUAAGGAAAGAGGUUCCCUUCAAGAAGGGGCGUGUGGUGAGAGGAGAUUGUGUUUUUUAACAACCUCUGGGAGAAAGCGAAGGAGCAAGAAGAGGAAAGAGGGAGAAAAAGUUUGUUUUCUCAUAGAGUCAGCACGAGGCGGAACAAGAGUUAGAAAAAGUGAAGGGAGUGCACGGGGACAGAGUUGGGGGCGAGGUUUUUAAAAAGCGUAUUUCGGGGAGAGGCUCCGGGUGGCCCGAGCUCCGUAGCCGCGCGGCUCGGAGGCGGCAUGGACAGCCCCAGCGCCCCGGCCGCUGCCCCGGCCGCCCCCUCUGGCGCCUUCGGAAUGGACAAGGCGUUCGGGCCGCAGCAGCCCCUGGGUGGCCGACUCCUGGAGCCGGGGGACUGCGCCCAGGCCAGAAAGAACUUCAGCGUCAGCCACCUCCUGGACCUGGAGGAGGUGGCGGCCGCGGGCAGGAACGGAGGUCGCGAGCCCCGGGCCGAGCCCCGGGAUGGCAGCCGGGGGCUUCAGGAGCCGUCCGGGGGGAGCAGCGGCAGCGAGGCGGCGCCCCAGGACAGUGAGUGCCUCAGCCCCAGCAGAGGGGCUGCCAAGAGGAAGAAGAAACAGCGGAGAAACCGAACCACCUUCAACAGCAGCCAGCUACAAGCUCUGGAACGGGUGUUCGAGAGGACGCACUAUCCUGAUGCCUUUGUCAGAGAGGAGCUGGCACGGAGGGUCAACCUGAGUGAGGCCCGGGUGCAGGUAUGGUUCCAGAACCGAAGGGCGAAGUUCCGACGAAAUGAGAGAGCCAUGCUGGCCAACAGAUCUGCCUCGCUCCUCAAGUCUUAUAGCCAGGAAGCCGCCAUCGAGCAGCCCAUGGCCCCCAGGCCAACAGCCCUGAGCCCAGACUAUCUGUCCUGGACAACCACUUCUCCCUACAGCUCAGCUGCUGGCAGCUCUGGGCAAUCACACCCUCCUGCCAGAGAUGCACCGGCUGAUGGGGGCUCCAGAGCCAGUUGCGGGGGCAGCUCCACGCCUGUACAGAACAUCGAGAUGGGCUUGCCGCACGGUGCCAUCCUACAGCCCCGGGGGGACAGCCACUCCCACUCAGGGGGUCAACAUGGCCAACAGCAUCGCCAGCCUCCGUCUCAAAGCCAAAGAGUUCAGCCUGCAUCAGAACCAGGUGCCCACAGUGAACUGAAUGAUUCUCAGCAGCCCUCAGUCAGGACUAAGCUACCCUUUUCUUAAAAAAAAAAUUAAAAAAAGAAAAAACACAAAAAUGUUUUUAAAAGAAAAAAAUGAGAACAAAAGGGAGGAGGGAAGGAAAGGAAAACGAGCCCCACUCCACUCUCCACAGUGCCAGAAUGGUUGUGCCUGCCCUCAACAGAAAGGCUGGUUAAGAAAGGAGCCUUCAGAGACAUCCAAGGACACUCUCUCCAACCCAAACUCCUUGCUUUUGGCUGCUGAGGACAGCAGGGCCCAGGCCCAGCCUCUUCCACCCUCUGUCUCUAUUAGCCUCACUCAUGAGCAUCUGAUGCUGUCAAGCCAGGAAGGAGGAGGGGACUUACGUGAACAGAGUUUCUGUUUGAAAAUACAAAAGCUUGAGUUCUUAAAUAAAAAACAAUCUGGAAAGGAAUGGGAAAAAAAAGGAAAAAAAAGCUAUAAACAGAACCAAAGGUGAUGAUUUGCGAUGCAGAAUAUGAACUGGUACCAGCUGAUGAUGGCUAUUCAAGAUCCAUUUUGGUUCCUAAAACUAGGGGGAUUUUAGCAUCAAAUGUCCAGCAGCCCUCAGGGCCACAGUCAGCAUGAACCAGUGGCCAUAGCCAUGCCCUUCUAUGACAUCAUUAUGCCAGCUGGUGUACCUUGAUCUAUACACAGGCUGAAGUUUGCCUGUUUCCACAGGACAAAUGGUGAAAUCCAACUCCAUGGUUUGGGCCUUGGACAACAAUGCGCACUCCUAGUAUAAAAGUACCUAGUGGUGGUGGUGAAAGUCAAGAGAGAAGAGAUGGACUGGGACUUUUUCCCGGGGGAGCUCUCCCAGGGUUCCGGCAGAUUUUCUAAGGCAAGAAUGUCAGAAGCUAUGUGAUAGGGUAAAAGGAGCCUGGUUCUUGGAAACAGUGGUUCUGGUUCCCUUGUCACCACACCACCAUUUGAGCUGUGUCACCCUGAACCAUUGUCACAACCCCCCUGGCUGGACCACUUCUUUUCCUGCUUAAGGGCAGGCUGGACUAGAUAAAUCCAGGAUUGCUGUCUAGCUCCAAGACCAGAGGUCCUCCAUGAAUAUAGGAGGCUCAGCCACACAGAUGCUGUGAACAUGGGACUGUUGGUGUUUCUCCUUUGCCCUCACACACUUUCCCCCCCAUAUUUCCAGUCUUCCAGAUGACAGCUGGGCCAUUCUUCCUUCUACCAACCAACAUUACCCUUCAUUAAUUUGACAAACCAGCAGUGACCAUGAGGGGAGGAGAGGCACAGAAAUAGCAGGGUCAUUUCUCUCAUAUCCAGAAACUUCUCUUUGCUGCCUAUGUAUGGCCUCCUCUUCCCUCUCAACCCUCCUUAGUCAAUGAUUUGAAGGAAGAAGGACUGAAUGGGAGUGGGGUCUAGGCCAGGAUCUUUUCUGGGGACUUAGAAGAGCAAUAAAUCAGGGGCCAGGAGGUCUGGUUCCAACCCUGCCUCUGUCACUUCAUACUUGAUUUGACUUUGGCUAAGGAACUCUCCUUGUCUGGUCUUCGGCAUUUCCAUCUGUAAAAUGGGGUGAUGUCUAAACUUCCUCCUAAUGAGAUCUUUAAGAUUCUGGGGUUUGAAUCUUGGGCCAGGAGACUAGAAGCUUUGUCCCUAUCAGCUGGUUCAGCUGGAGAAGGUGGGGCAGAACAUGACAGGGUACUUUGAAAGAACCUCACUUUCAAGAACACAGAACUUCAGGUAUCUCGGUGAAUUUCCUCAAAAACCUGCAUGGAAAUAUGCUGUAUACAACUUGGGCAAAAUCCAUUCUGAAAACAUCAUCUCUUGAGAAAACAGGAGAUGCCAAACCACAGGCAGGUCUGGGAUUAUAGAUGGGUGGUCACGUAUGACGUGGGAUUGAAGGGGCAUGGACCAAAAAUAUCUCUGCAGAUCAUUCAUGAAAAGAGAAGAGAAGAUGGGGAAAAAAGGCAAGAGACUGAAAUUCAACUAUAGGACUUUUGCCUGCCAGCCGAGGCAGUAGGGGGCCAUAGAAAACUGCAUAUGGGGGUUCAGAAACUAAACAACCUCUCCCUGACAACCAGCCCUAGAGAGACCACCCAGCCCAGACCCACCCCACAUCUGUUCUUGCACACAAAAACAGAGGUUUGGGUUUUUUUUAAUUGCAUAAAACACAUUUAUUUCCCUAUAGAUGCUGCUACAUUACACCCAGAGCUCAAAUGGUUUACUAUGUGCAGGCAAAGGAGGGCAGAGUCAGGAGAGCCCCACAUUGUUCAAUAAUAGCAAGCCUGAAAUAUCCUCGGAGGCAUUCACCCCACCGGAGAACAGGGAAAAGCGGACAAAGCAGGCAGUCAUCCACUUGGAAGAGACUGAGGAUAACAGGAAUUCCCGAAAGCAUUGUCCCCAGCCCCAGGGUCAGGGCUCACUCUCUGAAAUCCCACCAUUGGCACUCGGUCCCUUUGGGUUAAACAUGGCUCUCUCUGGACUUCUCUUAAGGUGCAAAUAUCCCUGUGAGGCCUUGGGCCAGAUAUUAAGUAACAAGUACCUGGGUGUAAAUUAGUUUAUCCGAAGCUUCCUUCCUUGGGGAAAUCUGAGCCCUCUGAGGGCUUGGAGCUGGGGGAAAAGGGAAGUGAGGAGCUUAAAGGAAGAAAAGAAGGAUGAGAGAGAAAAGUGGAAGAUACUAAAGAACAUGUAAGGACUCUAUAACUUCGCUCGAGGAUUUGGAGGUGGAGGAAGGAAUAUGGGACCCAAAUCGCCAUCAGGCACCUUAAUCACAGCUUACAUGCAAACAUGGCCCCUGCAGAGAGGGCCUUAGCAAGAGGCACCCGCAGCUUCUUCUUCAAAGACAGGUUGUCUUGGGACUAAUCAACCCAGACUUCACACAGCUUUGGGACCAACCACUCAAGGAAAGGAAGGUUAGCUUUACCACCUGCCUGCACUGCCCCCAGGUGGCCAGCAGAUGGCCCAACAGAACACCCAAAGGGGCCUUGAGGAACAGAUUGCCAUUUAAACCUCCUUUCCCCAUGGGAACAGAAAAGCUACAAGAUGAGGGCCCUCCCAGGUAUCCCAGGAGGUGGUUAAGGUCUCUGAGUUUAGGGAUGGGUGCCCAGCAGGCAGGGGCAGUGCAGGCAAAAGAAGGAUGUUUUCUUUGCUCUUUUUUUCUUUUUUCUUUUUUUUGGUGGAGAAAAUAAAGGCCUUUUCUGGCACUGCUAAGGGCGAGUUAGAUGGAAUCGGCAGGGAAGGCAUGUUUUGUGAGGGCCUGGAAUCCUCUCUGAACACGAAACUUGUAUUCAUGAGAACCUCCGUCAGCUUUGGAAAAAGCCGUGGGGGCUCGAUUCCCAUGGAAAGCUCCUGGCUCUCAGUCAUACCACAAGGAUAUAAAUGUCACUUCCGCCGUGAGUGCACUAAUGAAAAUAAACCAGUUUAAUAGUUUACAGAUGCCUCUCUGGAAACCCAAAAGGGAGAGAAUAAGGAUCUCUCUCUCUUUCUCUCUCUCCUCCCUCCCCCUUUUUUAAAAAAGAAAAACAAAAUGAAUUAAAACAUUUGCUCUUGA